AAGUUGACAAAAAGACAUCAGUUCCUGUUUGCAGCCAAUCAUGGAGACUAUAAAUGCUACAGAAGCAGUCUGCUUCGCCAGCUCACACUUCCAUUGCCACCUCCGCCCCCCACCUCUGUUCUUGACACCUCUUCCGACACCCUUCUGACGCCUUUACGCAUACGUGUUGUAGAACUCCCAGAAUGAUGGCGUCCAGUAGACCAGCAAAUCCCCCCAAUCCGGAGUCUAGCGAGCCAGCACCUCCCCAAAAUCUGGACAAUAUGCCCGUAGAACUGUUCUGGCAGAUGACCGAGCACCUCCCGAUUGAAGCCCUGACCAGCCUCCGCACAGUAUCCCGGGGGGUCAGCGCCAGAGCACUGCAGCCCUUCGCGCAAUGUGGCUUGAGCACUCUUUCAAUGACCCUCGAUGCCCAUGGCUACGACAAGGUGGACGAGAUUGCCAACCACGAGUUCUACCAGAAAUUGCCCCAGCGGCUGGCCAUGUAUCCGCCCAACGCCCCGUGCGACAGCUUCUGGACGGACGCGGCGCUGCGCAAGCUGGGCCAGACCCUGGCGCACCAGCUGGCGCAGUGCCGGGAGGUGGUGCUCUACUACGGCGCGCCGGACCAGGCGGACCGCAUGGAUGACAUGCUGAGCCUGCACGCAUUGUGCCGCAUGCUGGCCGCCGGCCAGAUUCACCUGCGCCGCCUGGUGCUGUUCCAGCGGCAGGCGCCCGAGCGCCGCCGCGCGCCCGAGCUCCUCGCCUGGCCCCGGCCGUACCUACCGCCGAACAUCGCGAGCAUCUGGCCCGAGCUGCGCCAGCUGCACGUCUACGAGCCCGAGGACAACGCGGCCAUCGACUACCUGCGGGCGCUGCUGCCGAUGAUCCUGCAGAACGCGGCGCAGCUCGAGGAUUUCAAGCACGUCGUCUCGCCGCGGCUGUUCCUCCGUGACUACGUGAUUCCGGUGCGCGGCGCGAUCUGGGCCGGUGAGGAUGAGUCGGUUGUGCGGGGCCCCGCGCCGCUCAAGCGGGUGGAGGUCGUGGGCACGUACAUCAACCUCGCGGACCUGAUGGGGUUUCUGGGACAAUACGGCCCGACGCUGGAGCGCGUGCAGAUCUGCGUGACGUACGGCCACGGCAGCGAUGCGCGGUGGUCGGAGGUGCUGGCGCAUAUGAAGGAGGUCUGUCCCGUGCUGCGGUAUGUGUCGGUCGUGACGUGCCGGCGGUCGCUGGGCUGCGUGGAGUCGGAGGACCGGGAUCGCAUGUUGGAGGCAUUGGAUCGGAUGAUUGAGAUGGCGGAACAUGCGGGGUUUUAGGUCGUCCCGUCGCUCUGCUCUGGCUCUCGGUGUUCGGAUGUCGAUCGUAGAUCCGCCUAUUCGUCCUCCAUCACCAUAUUCCAUCCAUCGUAAGUAAGCUCCACAGGAUUGAGACUGAAUCGUAACUCGUUCUCUUAUUAAGUAUUGAAUUAUAAAUCCACGCUCCUUUCUCCAUCACACUCACUUAUGUAUUAUACGUCAC